UAUAAAUUGAGCUUCCCCCUUGAAGAGCGUGUAGACUGCCAGCACUUUCUCUCAGGACUUUCUUCUUCUCCUCACUUUUGUUUCAGCUCACACCAUAAAUAAAAUCUCCUGACAGCUUUUCUCUUUAAUUUGACUAUUUCUUCUCCAAACUAAAUAAAAUCUCGCAUUUCUCCUUAAUUCUCUAUUUUCUAUAUUCAUUCCAAUAUUCAGAUUAUCUAUAAUACACACUAUUUCAGAAUAGCAUCAUGAAAUCUCCAUUUUAUUCAACAAUGAAGCUUCUCCUUUCAAUUUCACUCUUACAGAUUCUAUAUAUUGCAAAUAUAGUACAAGCAGAGGAAUUAGACACACGCUUGCUUUUGACAUCCAAUGCCAUAUCAGGGGUAAGGCAUGCUGAAGGAUAUUGUGCUAUGUAUGACAUCUGUGGAGCACGCGCUGAUGGAAAAAUAUUGAAUUGUCCUCGUGGUUCCCCAUCUGUGAAGCCAGAUGACUUGCUUUCACAAAAGAUCCAAAGUUUGUGCCCAACAAUCACCGGCAAUGUUUGUUGCACAGCAGCGCAGUUUGACACACUACGUUCACAAGUGCAGCAAGCAAUUCCUUUCCUUGUUGGAUGUCCAGCAUGCUUAAGGAACUUUUUGAAUCUGUUCUGUGAGCUUUCCUGCUCUCCGCUUCAGAGUUUGUUUAUCAAUGUGACUUCUGUUUCCAAGGUUAAAAACAAUCUGACCGUGGAUGGAAUUGAUUUUUAUAUAACUGAUGCUUUUGGUGAAGGAUUAUAUAACUCUUGCAAGGAUGUAAAGUUUGGUACCAUGAAUACUCGAGCUCUAGACUUCAUUGGAGCUGGCGCUCAAAAUUUUAAAGAGUGGUUUGCAUUUAUUGGUAGAAGAGCAGCUCCUAAUCUCCCAGGCUCACCGUAUGCCAUUACAUUCAAGUCGGCUGCUCCUGAAUCAUCAGGGAUGAAACCCAUGAAUGUUUCUGCAUAUUCAUGUGGUGAUGUAUCACUCGGCUGCUCUUGUGGUGAUUGCCUUUCUUCUCCUGUUUGUGCCAAUACAGCUCCUCCUCCACAGCAUGAGAGAGCUUCCUGUUCAAUUAGACUUGGAUCUCUUAAGGCUAAAUGCAUUGAUUUUGCUUUGACUAUCCUCUAUAUCUUGUUGGUUUCCAUGUUUUUGGGGUGGGGUUUGCUCUAUCGGAAAAGAGAGAAGGACCAAACUUCUACAAUGAAACCAUUUUCAAAUAUCACUGAUGGUGGUGAAAUUCAUUCUGUUAUUAGAAGGAAGGAUGCUGAUCUCCCAAUGCAGAUGGUUGAAGAUUCUCCUCAAACUGGAAAUAGGGUUCAGCUUUCAAUUGUGCAAGGCUACAUGUCUAAAUUUUACAGGAGAUAUGGAACAUGGGUUGCUAGACAUCCUAUCCUUGUGUUGAGCGUCUCUGUUUCUUUAAUUCUUCUACUUUGUUUAGGUCUAAUUCGUUUUAAGGUGGAGACUCGACCUGAGAAGCUAUGGGUAGGCCCUGGCAGUAGAGCUGCAGAAGAGAAGAGGUUCUUUGACAGUCACUUAGCACCUUUUUACAGAAUUGAGCAGCUGAUUAUAUCAACUACUCCCAAGGCUGAGGAUGAAAAAUCACCAAGUAUUUUGACAGAGAACAAUAUUAAGUUACUCUUUGAUUUACAAAAGAAGGUUGAUGGGAUCCGUGCAAAUUAUUCUGGAUCAAUGAUAUCUUUGAGUGAUAUUUGUCUGAAGCCACUAGACCAAGAUUGUGCUACUCAAAGUGUUCUGCAGUAUUUCCAAAUGGAUCCUCAAAAUUAUGAAGAUUCUGGGGGAGUUGAGCACGUCAAUUAUUGCUUGCAGCAUUAUACCUCUGCAGAGUCAUGUAUGAGCGCCUUCAAAGCCCCUCUGGAUCCAAGCACUGCCUUGGGUGGUUUCUCAGGGAGCAAUUAUUCCGAGGCUUCUGCAUUUAUAGUAACUUAUCCAGUAAACAAUGCUAUUGAUAAAGAAGGGAAUAUAACAGAUAAGGCUGUUGCUUGGGAGAAGGCCUUUAUUCAGUUAGUAAAGGAUGAAUUGUUGCCGAUGGUGCAAGCAAAAGAACUUACACUGUCAUUUUCUUCGGAAAGCUCUAUUGAGGAAGAACUGAAAAGAGAAAGUACUGCAGAUGUUAUUACUAUAUUGAUAAGCUAUCUUGUGAUGUUUGCCUAUAUCUCUCUUACUCUUGGAGACACACCUCGUUUGUCGUCUUUUUACAUAUCGUCGAAGGUAUUGCUUGGCCUUUCUGGAGUUAUACUUGUUAUGCUCUCUGUGCUUGGAUCAGUUGGAUUUUUUAGUGCCAUUGGAGUAAAAUCUACUUUAAUCAUCAUGGAAGUCAUUCCGUUUCUUGUGUUAGCAGUAGGGGUGGACAAUAUGUGUAUUUUGGUGCAUGCUGUGAAGCGACAACCACUAGAGUUGCCAUUAGAAGGACGAAUAAGCAAUGCACUUGUGGAAGUUGGACCAUCUAUAACACUUGCUAGUCUAUCCGAGGUGCUAGCAUUUGCAGUUGGGAGCUUUAUUCCAAUGCCAGCGUGUCGUGUUUUUUCAAUGUUUGCUGCACUCGCUGUUCUUUUGGACUUCCUUUUGCAAGUUACUGCAUUUGUUGCUUUGAUAGUAUUUGACUUUCUGCGAGCAGAGGAUAAGAGGGUUGAUUGUUUUCCAUGUUUAAGAACUUCAUCAUCAUAUGCAGACUCUGAUAAAGGCAUCGGUGAAAGGAGGCCCGGAUUACUUGCUCGAUAUAUGAAGGAGGUCCAUGCGCCUGUGCUCAGUCUUUGGGUAGUUAAGAUAGCUGUCAUUUCCAUCUUUACUGCUUUAACGUUGGCUGGCAUUGCACUAUCCACUAGGGUUGAACCUGGUUUGGAUCAGAAAAUUGUUCUUCCACGGGACUCAUAUCUUCAGGGUUAUUUCGAUAAUGUCUCAAAGUAUCUUAGAAUUGGUCCCCCACUAUACUUUGUUGUGAAGAACUACAAUUACAGCUCAGAAUCAAAACACACUAAUCAGUUGUGCUCCAUCAGCCAAUGUGACUCAGAUUCUCUUUUGAAUGAGAUUGCUAGAGCAUCAUUGAUGCCUAAGUCUAGCUAUAUUGCUAAGCCAGCUGCGUCAUGGCUUGAUGACCUUCUCGUGUGGAUAUCUCCAGAAGCUUUUGGUUGCUGCCGGAAGUUCACAAAUGGGAGUUAUUGUCCCCCUGACGAUCAGCCUCCUUGUGAUAGCGAUGGAGUUUGCAAAGAUUGCACUACUUGCUUCCGCCAUGCAGAUUUGGAUAAUGGACGUCCAUCUACAACACAGUUUCGAGACAAACUCCCACUAUUCCUUAAUGCUCUGCCUUCUGCUGACUGUGCUAAAGGGGGCCAUGGUGCUUACACUAGUAGUGUGGAGCUGAAAGGUUAUGAGAAUGGUGUUAUUCAAGCAUCAUCCUUCCGCACAUAUCAUACCCCUCUUAACAAACAGGUUGACUUUGUAAAUUCUAUGAGGGCUGCUCGGGAAUUCAGUUCAAGAAUGUCUGAUUCUUUGAAGCUGGAAAUCUUCCCAUAUUCGGUGUUCUACAUGUUUUUUGAACAAUAUCUUGAUAUAUGGAAAACGGCAUUGAUCAACCUGGCUAUUGCAAUUGGUGCGGUGUUUCUAGUUUGUUUAAUUAUCACAUGCAGUUUAUGGAGUUCUGCAAUCAUUUUACUGGUUUUGGCGAUGAUUGUCAUUGAUCUCAUGGGUGUGAUGGCAAUUCUGAAUAUUCAACUGAAUGCAGUCUCAGUAGUUAACCUCGUCAUGGCAGUGGGCAUUUCCGUUGAGUUCUGUGUACAUAUAACACAUGCUUUCUCAGUAAGCAGUGGAGACAGAGACCAAAGAGUGAAGGAGGCUCUAGGUACAAUGGGCGCUUCAGUAUUCAGCGGAAUCACACUAACAAAACUAGUCGGGGUGCUUGUUCUAUGCUUCUCGAGGACGGAAGUUUUUGUGGUUUAUUACUUCCAAAUGUAUUUGGCGUUGGUCCUUCUCGGUUUCUUGCAUGGUCUGGUGUUUUUACCAGUAAUGUUGAGCAUGUUUGGUCCUCCAUCAAGAUGUAGGCUUGUUGAGAAGCCAGAAGAUCGGCCGUCAGUUUCACUGCAGCCAUAAGAAGUUGAAGCAUCAUACUUAUUGCAGGCUCUUUUUGUUUUUUACAUAAUUAUUUCCUUAAGGUGCUAAAGUUACAUGUAACAUUAAUAGAGCAAAAUGCUUGUAUCCUUUCUGGCACAUGUAUAUUUUACCAAAGGAAAUAAAAAAAAAAAAAAAUUGUUCAUUUCCAAAGUAUUACAGCUAAAUUUGACAUAUUAUGAUUUAAAAGGGUCCCAAAAGAACUGAAAUUAUACAAACGGUUUGUCUUUUAUGUGGUUAAUGUAACACCCAAGUUUGGGCUUAUUAUGCAGUGAAUAGUGACGCAA